UUCCACCCAAUCUUAUAAAUAACCCCACUUCCCCCUCCCCCCUCUCUUCUCUUCUCUUCUCUUCUUUUUAGAUUAGACUACCAGUCAAUACCGCCACCAUUUCCUCCAUCUUCACUCGUCUCUUCGGCUCUUUUGCCGCUCCUUCUCCCACCAUGUCCGCCGCUGCUAAGACUAAGGCCCAGACCUUGAUUAAUGAGAAUGGCGUUGUCGUCUUCUCCAAAUCCUACUGCCCCUACUGCCAAGCAAGCAAGAACUUGCUGAAUGAGCUCGGCGCGAAGUACACUGCUCUUGAGUUGGAUCAGCUGCCCGACGGAGCCGACCUCCAGGACGCCCUCCAGGAAAUCUCCAACCAGCGCACCGUCCCCAACAUCUUCAUUAGCCAGAAGCACAUUGGUGGAAACUCGGACUUGCAGAGCAAGAAGGGUGCCGAGCUGAAGGGGUUGUUGGAGGCUGCUGGUGCUUUGUAGAUUUUCCAUCCCAUCUAUGAUUUUGUCUGCGAAGCAGUGAUAGGGGGAGUAAUGAUAGAUAAUUGAUUGAUCAGAUCGGAUCAGAUCAUAUAUAAUACAUACAUACACUACAUAUCCAAACACCAAAACUAAUGUAGGGAGAGAGAGACAGAGAGAGAGACAGAGAGAGAAAUUAUACAGUCCCAACCGGCCUCUCAACAACGCCCAUAAUCCCAUCCACCACACUGCGUCUCGCCCCCUCACUCGAGACAUUCUUCCCCGCCAAAUAAUUCAACCACACCAACCGACUAACCCUCUCAUCCUUGACUCUACCCAAAUACCUAUCCGGCAGCGCAUCCUUCCCAUCACCACCACCCUGAACCAACACAUCCAACUGCCCCUUCUUGCCCCUCGCCAACACCAACACCUGUCCCUUGGGCACACUCUUCCUCUGUCCACCUCCAAACAAUCCCUUAAACUCCC